AGGGAGGAGAGACUUCUGUUCAAGCUGGGAGAAGCGCAGAGGAAACUUCUUCUGCAGCUUGGCUUCUCACUCACUGCCUUAUUUUGGACUUUAUUCUCACCUAGUUCGGAAUGGAUGUUUGAUAAUCCUACACAUAAAUAAGCGCUCGAAAGUUUAUAAGAUUUUCUGAUCUUGGGUGGGAAGGAGAAUGAGGAUGAUGAGACUGUCGAUCCUCCUCCUGUUGUCUGUGGUUCACACACAGGCCCAGGUUCCGGCCAGCCCUACUUCUUGCUCAAAAGUAAUCGAAUGCCCAGUUGACUUGUACUUUGUCAUCGACACAUCUGAGACCAUAGCUCUGCAGGAGAAUCCACCUGGCAGCUUGGUAGAAAGCGUCAAAGAUUUCACUUUCAAAUUUGCUGACAAACUAGAAGACGUUACCCACAAAGGUUUAGUUCAUAUCACCUGGUCUGUAGGAGGCCUGCACUUCUCCCAGCUGCAGGAGAUCAUCAGCCCCAUCACCACUAAAAAGAAGUUCACCGACAGGCUUAGACAAAUCAAGUACCUGGGCAAGGGCACGUACACUGACUGCGCCAUUACCAACAUGACCCAGCAACUACUCAGUUCACCAACCAAACCCAACCCCAAGCUCAUACGCUUCGCGGUGAUCAUCACUGAUGGUCACGUGACAGGAAACCCAUGUGGAGGCAUCAAAGUGGCGGCGGAGCGAGCGCGUGAUAAAUCUAUUAAGAUGUUCUCUGUCGCAUCAUCCAGGAACCUAGAGGAGACGGGACUAAGGGAGAUCGCUAACUCACCUGCUGAACUUUUUCGUAACAAAUACAUGGCGGUUGAUCUCACGGGAUUGGGGCCAGUCAUAGUGAAUUCAACAAUUAAUCGCAUUUAUGAAACAAUGCUUCAUCUGGCUUAUCAAGAGUGCUACUCUGUGAAAUGUCUGGAGACUCCAGGACCUCCGGGUCCACCAGGACACAGGGGACAGAAAGGAGCUAAAGGAGAUAAUGGCAUCCCAGGUCCUAAAGGAGAAAGAGGACGUCCUGGAGAUCCAGGUAUUGAGGGACCCAUCGGACAUCCUGGACCUAAAGGAGAGCCUGGUCUCAAAGGUGAAAAGGGAGAAAUUGGAGCACAAGGGAAAAAGGGUGUUGCGGGACUAGCUGGCCGAAAUGGAACAGAUGGGCAGAAGGGAAAAAUUGGAAGGAUUGGCGCUCCCGGCUGCAAAGGUGACCCUGGUGACAAGGGUCCUGAUGGCUAUCCUGGAGAUGUUGGAGAACCUGGUCCUCCGGGGACUCCGGGAGAAAAUGGUGAUCCAGGUCGUCCAGGAAGAGCAGGUCCACCCGGGCCAGGUGGAGAUCCUGGACCCAAAGGAGAGAGAGGAAGUCCCGGAUCGCCUGGAAUUCCUGGUCAGAAGGGAUCUGCUGGAACAGCCGGAGGACCUGGACCUAAAGGCGACCCUGGAAGACGAGGAGACUUUGGACCUAAAGGUGGCACCGGGCCUAAUGGGCCAAAAGGAGAAAAGGGUGAACCCGGUUCUGAGGGACCUAGGGGUCUUCCAGGCGAAGUUGGCAACAAAGGAUCCAAGGGUGAUAAUGGACUUCCAGGACCAAGAGGCCCACCAGGAGCUUCUGGAGAACCAGGCAGAAAUGGUACCCAAGGUGACCCAGGUGAUGCUGGCCCUAGAGGUGAUCCUGGGCCUCCCGGACCAAAGGGUGACUCUGGCAGACCUGGAUUCAGCUAUCCUGGACCAAGAGGACCUACGGGUGACAGGGGUGAUAAAGGUUCACCUGGACCCAGGGGAAGUAGAGGAGACUGCGGACCAAAGGGUGACCCAGGUGCAAAGGGAACUCCUGGAGAGCCGGGAGAGCCCGGGCCCCCAGGAGAACCUGGACCAAGGGGUCCUAGAGGAGGACCAGGAAGAGAUGGUGACCCUGGAACAGAGGGAGAUCCUGGCCUUACUGAAUGUGAUGUGAUGAACUACAUCAGAGAGACCUGUGGAUGCUGUGAUUGUGAAAAGAGAUGUGGUGCCCUGGAUAUUGUGUUUGUGAUUGACAGCUCUGAAAGUGUGGGGUUGACCAACUUCACCCUGGAGAAGAACUUCGUCAUCAACACCAUUAACAGACUGGGCUCGAUGGCAAAAGAUCCUAGUUCUGAAACAGGAACUCGAGUCGGUGUUGUCCAGUACAGUCACAAUGGAACAUUCCAGGCUAUUCGCCUCAACGACUCCAAGAUCGACUCUAUGUCCGCCUUCAAAGACGCCGUGAAGAAGCUCGAGUGGAUCGCUGGAGGAACAUGGACGCCAUCUGCCUUGAAAUUCGCCUACGAUAACCUGAUUCGCGAUAGCCGUCGUGCGAAGGCUAACGUGACAGUGGUUGUGAUCACAGACGGCCGGUACGACCCCCGUGAUGACGACAAACUCCUCACCUACCUGUGCACGGACAAAAGCAUUGAUGUGAAUGCCAUCGGUAUUGGUGACAUGUUUGACCAGCCGGAGGAGAACGAAAGCCUGAAGUCCAUCGCUUGCAGAAAGGAUGGAAGAGUCAUGGGAAUGAGGCGAUUCGCUGAUCUGGUUGCAGAGGAUUUCAUCGAUAGGAUCGAGACUGUACUCUGCCCAGAUCCAGUGAUUGUUUGCCCUGAUCUUCCAUGUAAAAGUGAUGACGCCCUCGCAGAGGAGUGGAAGGACAGUCCCAUCCCAACCACUGUACUAAGCGUCCCAAACUUAAUCAGCAAUCUACAAGAGGCCAAACACCCUGAUACCUACACCAAGGCUGUAGCUACAUUGGCUUACGCAGCCCAGAUGGCUAAACUGUCCUCUGAACCUGACAAACAGAGAUGGACCGAUCUGUUCAUUGACUCGUUUAGAGUGAUCUAUUCUGAUAUGAUGGGAGACCCAAACAAAGUUCUUGGCUUGUGUUAGAAUUGGGCUUUUCCAAAAAUUCAAACUAAUAGCUUGACUGAAAAAAUACAUUUGGCCUCACGGUAGAGUUGUUAAGUAAAACGCUAGCUGGUCUAUGCAUGAAUGUAGUAUUUGUGUUAAAAAGAAUUGAAUGCAGUUGCUAAAACUUCUCUUAAAGAUAUAACAUUUAAUUUCCAAGAAAUAGCAUGUAAAAUAGUUAACAUCAUGACAACUUACAUUUGUUUGCUAACCUCUGCUAAAAGCAAUUCCCUGCUAUGAAAAUGUGAAAUGGCAACCUUUGCCUCUUGACCUCAUUGCCUGCUGCUCUGCAAUCUUUUUUUGCAUUUAAAUAUGCAAAAUGGACACAUUUUGAAUAGAUGAACAGAUUUUCAGCACUUUGCUUUCAUAGCAUGCUCUCACUAGCUUAUCCUGUUUUGCUUGAAUCCUCAUGGCCUCUAGGAUUUGAAGGCAUUUUGAUCUUUUAUAAACAUGGCCGGGGAUGCUUUGAUGUUGUGAAUGUAAAAGAUAGUGGUAAUUGAUACUUGAAGGGUUAGUUUACACUAAAAAAUAAAGAUUCUGUCAUCAUUUACUCACUCACAUUGUUGCAAACCUGUGUUUCUUUCAUGGAACACGAAAGGAAAUAUUUCUUUCCAUACAAUGAAAACGUUUGUGACCCUGGACCACAAAACCAGUAAUAAGGAUCAGUUUUUCAAAAUUGAGAUUAAUACAUCAUCUGAAAGCUAGGAUAGGACAAUAUUUGGCCGAGAUACAACUAUUUAAAUAUCUGGAAUCUGAUGGUGCAAAAAAAUCUAAAUAUUGAGAAAAUCACCUUUAAAGUUGUCCAAAUGAAGUUCUUAACAAUGCAUAUUACUAAUCAAAAAUUACGUUUUCAUAUAUUUACAGUAGGAAAUUUGCAAAAUAUCUUCAUGGAACAUGAUCUUUACUUAAUUUCCUAAUGAUUUUUGGCAUAAAAUAAAAAUCAAUAAUUUUGACCCACACAAUGUAUUUUUGGCUAUUUCUACAAAUAUACCCCAACGACUUAAGACUGGUUUUGUGGUCCAGGGUCACAUAUAGUGACCAGGGGCUGUCAAACUCCAGAAAGCAAGGUUUUAAAUAACAAAAUCAGGUAGUGAUGACAGAAUUUACAUUUUUGCUUGAUCUACUCCUUUAAAGCAUCUGUACAUUACUGAAGCGUUCAUUUUGAUACUAUAUUCAUAUCAGUUUUGCACUUUGCACAUUAAGGCUGAAUUCACAAGCCUGUAGCUUCUCAUCGGUUGGUGAAUAUAUCUAUGGAGCUUUUUAGUGCUGCUUUACCAUUUUUGACCCACAAAGACCCACUAUAUAAUUUGUGUGAUGAUCAGUUAAAGAGAUAGUUCUCCCAAAAAUGAAAAUCACCCCAUGAUUUACUCACUCUCAAGCCAUCCUAGAUGUAUAUGACUUUCUUCUUUUAGACAAAUACAAUUAGAGUU